CAGUGCUGUUCCUCGGUGCCUACGUACUGAUUGAACUACAAUCCUUGUACUACGUGAGUGUGUCUAGUGGCUGGGAGUAGUGGUCACGGCCUGAGGCGUUGGCACUUGGCAGACCAAAAACGACUUGGCACCCGCUGCCGCUGGACACGACACAAACACAAUAGCUGCGCGCAUCCACCCCGAGUCCCCGACCGUCGUCUACUUAAACCGACUCGAGGCCGGCCCGAGCCCACCGCGGCAGGGCCAGGCCAGGCCAGCAGGGUCCAUUCCAUUCCGUUCAUCAUUGCUGCCCGAGCCCCCCGGCCGGACGGUCCCCAGGCCCCGGGCAGGCAGCCAAGCAAGCAGCAGCAGCGGCAGCGGCAGCGGCAGAGCGCUCUACCCGUCGCGUCGCUUCGCUUGCCCACUCCCACUCCACUCCACUCCUCCCGCCCUCCGCUCCGCUCCGCCCGCGUCGAUCCAUCCACGGAUCCACCUCUCUUCUUCUCAUUUAAACUCGCGCCCACCCACGCCACGAACACCCACUGGCCUGCCGAGCGCGCCAGCACACAGCCCCACAUGCCGUCGGCCACUUCCUCCUCCUCGCCUUGCCAUCAUCCAUAGGUAUAGCACCAGGCGUCCAGUCGUCGCUCGCCGACGCGCCAUCCACGACGCACCGUGCCCGUACGUACCGAUGGCGGCGAGAGGCGUGCAGGCGCCGCGGCGGCCGGUGACGCUGCGGGACUUCCUGGAGCUCGGCUGCGACUCCAGCAGCGACGGCUUCCGCUCCUACCCGCGCCGCCUGCCCUUCGUUCCCGACGCCGACGACUCCGUGCUGCAGCACUUGCAGCAGCAGCAGGCGGCGCCCCCGGCCCCGCGGGCCGAGGCCGCGGCGGCCCAGCUCCUCCGGCGUAGCCCCUCGCGGUCGCCGUCCUCGCUCUCACUCUCGCUCUUCUCCCUCCCCGGCUCCGUCUCCGGCCACGGCUCCGGCCUCGGUGCGCUCGCCAGAAUCUCCAGCCUCUCCCGGACCUUCUCGCGGCGGAUCAAGGAAGGCUUCUGGAGGCGCCGUGACGACGGCGACGACGAAGAGGCGGCCUACUUCGACGACCGGGACUCGUGCGGCUUCCCCUCGCCGCUCGUCAGCAGCUGCUCCGCGUCCGACUCGGACGAGUCCGAGUACGGCGCCGAGUCCGAGGCGGACGUGACCACGACGACCGAGGAGACGACGCCGGCGUCCGAGCGCGACAAGGCCACCGCUUCCACCUCAUCGUCGUCGUCCUCCUCCUCCUCCUCAAGAUCGGCCGACCACGAUCGCACGGACGACGCCGCUGCAGCUGACGGGAAGAAGGUGCAGGAGUUAGCGGACGGCGACUCCGCGGUGGGGCGGAAGAAGCUGAUGGAGGCCAGCAUGGUGGAGGACAAGCAACAGCUGAGCCCCGUGUCCGUUCUGGAUUUCCCCUUCGAUGACGACGACGGCGAGGAAGGGAGCGAUGCCGGCACCUGUUCCUCCCCCGCUUUCCAGUUCCAGCGCUGCACGCCGCCGGACGUCCAGAGGACGAAGAAGCAGACGCGACUGCUGCACGAGAUCCGACGGUACGACGGAGGCGGCGUCGCGCAGGGAAUCGACCCCCUGGAUCUCGACGCACGGUUCACGGCGGCCACCUCGGAGUCCGGGGAGUCCGCGGACGCCAGCACGCGUCUCGCAACCACCACCACCAGCAGCUCGAGCACGGACAGCAGCAGCACCUCGGAGACGACGGCGACACGGCACGACGACGACGAGACGGAGCACCAGAGCGCCGAGCGCUCGCCCUCGCCCUCGCCCGAUCACCAGGCAGAGCAAGAAGAGCCUGACGACGAGUACCGCUUGCUCGCGCGGCUGCUUGAACACGACGCGGCGGCGGCGGCGUGCCUGGACGACGAGGUCUCCCGGGUGCUGGUACUCGACUUCUUCGCGGAGGGCGCCGACCAUCUCAUCCGUUCGGCGGCCGGAAGCGAGGCGCUGCUGGGAGCGGCCGCCGAGUGGCUGCGUGGCGCGGGGCCGCGGUGGGGCAUCGGGGACGUGGUGCUCUCCGGGAAGUCGGCGCUGGACGACAUGGAACGGAGCCGGCGGUGGAUGUGCGUGGGCGAGGAGCAGCGCGACGUCGGCGCGGACGUGGAGGGCGCCGUGGUCGACGCGCUGCUGGACGAGCUCGUCAUGGAGAUGGCCGUGCUGCCUUGGUGGCCGCGCCCGCGCGGUGAUAGGGCCGUCGAUGCGCCGGAGCUAGGAUGUGCUCGUUCGUUAACUGAAUGUUGACGUCACGUCACAAGGAUUUCGCCGGCGAGGUCUAGUCUAGUACUAGGAGGAGUCAGUCCAUAGAGCGUGUACAUGUCCGAGGCGAGGUUCCGAGUUACGGAGUACUAGCUAGCUAGGUACUCAAAUUUUGGAGGUUUUUAGGUGUGGCAAGCUCAAGGUUGAUCUUUGUUUUUCCACUACGAUGAAUUUUGGUAUAUGCCAACGUGUUUUGAUGAUCGACUAUCAACGAUCGGGUUGACCUCCAUCGCGUAGGAGUUAAACCAGCAUCUUGAAUAGCUGCUUCUUGAGAAGACAGGAUACUUGUUAGCUUGAUUGUUUUGUAUACGUUUUUUUUUUUCUAGAACA